AUGGACACGAAGUGGGUGACCUCUGAGUUGGCAUGGACAACUCAUCCGGAGACAGGGUGGGAAGAAGUCAGCGGUUACGACGAGGCCAUGAACCCCAUCCGCACGUACCAGGUGUGCAACGUGCGGGAGGCUAACCAGAACAACUGGCUUCGCACCAAAUUCAUCCAGCGCCAAGACGUCCAGCGCGUCUAUGUGGAGCUGAAGUUUACUGUGCGGGACUGCAACAGCAUCCCCAACAUCCCCGGCUCCUGCAAAGAGACCUUCAACCUUUUCUAUUACGAGUCGGAUACAGAUUCUGCCUCUGCAAACAGCCCUUUCUGGAUGGAGAACCCAUAUAUCAAAGUGGAUACAAUUGCCCCAGAUGAGAGCUUCUCCAAGCUGGAGUCUGGCCGCGUGAACACCAAGGUGCGCAGCUUUGGCCCUCUCUCCAAGAAUGGCUUUUACCUGGCCUUCCAGGACCUGGGAGCCUGCAUGUCCCUCAUCUCUGUCCGGGCUUUCUACAAGAAAUGCUCCAACACCAUUGCUGGCUUUGCUAUCUUCCCGGAGACUUUAACAGGGGCCGAGCCCACCUCUCUGGUCAUCGCACCAGGCACCUGCAUCCCCAAUGCGGUGGAGGUGUCUGUACCCCUGAAGCUGUACUGCAACGGCGAUGGUGAGUGGAUGGUACCCGUGGGAGCAUGUACGUGUGCCGCCGGAUAUGAGCCGACCAUGAAGGAUACCCAGUGCCAAGCUUGUGGCCCAGGAACCUUCAAAUCUAAGCAGGGGGAAGGUCCCUGCUCUCCCUGCCCUCCCAACAGCCGGACCACCUCUGGAGCAGCCACAGUCUGCACAUGUCGAAACGGCUUCUUCCGGGCAGACACAGACCCCGCAGACAGCGCCUGCACCAGUGAGUCCUGCCCUGGGAGAGGAGGGAGGAACGUGAACGAGACGUCGCUGGUGCUGGAGUGGAGCGAGCCGCAGGACACGGGUGGGCGGGAUGACCUGCUCUACAACGUCAUUUGCAAGAAGUGCAGCGUCGAGCGGCGCCUGUGCACCCGCUGCGACGACAACGUGGAGUUCGUGCCGCGCCAGCUCGGCCUCACCGAGCGUCGCAUCUACAUCAGCAACCUGAUGGCCCACACCCAGUACACCUUCGAGAUCCAGGCUGUGAAUGGCAUCUCCAACAAGAGUCCCUACCCUCCCCAUUUUGCCUCUGUCAACAUCACCACCAAUCAGGCAGCCCCAUCUGCCGUGCCUACGAUGCACCUGCACAGCAGCACUGGGAACAGCAUGACACUGUCGUGGACUCCCCCGGAGAGACCCAACGGCAUCAUUCUUGACUACGAGAUCAAGUACUCAGAGAAGCAAGGCCAGAGCGAUGGCAUUGCCAACACGGUCACCAGCCAGAAGAACUCAGUGCGGCUGGAUGGGUUGAAGGCCAACGCUCGGUACAUGGUGCAGGUCCGGGCACGCACGGUGGCUGGGUACGGCCGCUACAGCCUCCCCACGGAGUUUCAGACAACUGCAGAGGACGGCUCCACCAGCAAGACUUUCCAGGAGCUGCCUCUGAUUGUGGGUUCGGCCACUGCGGGGCUGCUCUUUGUCAUCGUUGUGGUGAUCAUCGCUAUCGUCUGCUUCAGGAAAGGGAUGGUUACUGAACACCUCCUCUCGUCUCCUUUGGGCAGGAAGCAACGCAACAGCACAGACCCCGAGUACACAGAGAAGCUGCAGCAAUACGUCACCCCUGGGAUGAAGGUCUACAUUGACCCCUUCACCUACGAGGACCCCAACGAAGCUGUCCGGGAAUUUGCCAAAGAGAUUGACAUCUCCUGUGUCAAAAUUGAGGAGGUCAUUGGAGCAGGGGAGUUUGGCGAGGUGUGCCGCGGGCGCCUGAAGCUGCCUGGCCGCCGCGAGAUCUUUGUGGCCAUCAAGACGCUGAAGGUGGGCUACACAGAGCGGCAGCGGCGGGACUUCCUGAGCGAGGCCAGCAUCAUGGGCCAGUUCGACCAUCCCAACAUCAUCCACCUGGAGGGUGUGGUGACCAAGAGCCGCCCUGUCAUGAUCAUCACAGAGUUCAUGGAGAACUGCGCGCUCGACUCCUUCCUCCGGCUGAACGAUGGGCAGUUCACGGUCAUCCAGCUGGUGGGGAUGCUGCGAGGCAUCGCUGCUGGCAUGAAGUACCUUUCGGAGAUGAACUAUGUGCACCGGGAUCUGGCUGCCCGCAACAUCCUGGUCAACAGCAACUUGGUCUGCAAAGUGUCCGACUUCGGGCUCUCUCGCUUUCUGGAGGACGACCCAGCCGACCCUACCUACACCAGCUCCCUGGGGGGCAAGAUCCCGAUCAGAUGGACGGCUCCUGAGGCCAUUGCCUACCGCAAAUUCACUUCAGCUAGCGACGUGUGGAGUUACGGCAUCGUCAUGUGGGAAGUGAUGUCUUACGGGGAGCGACCCUACUGGGACAUGUCCAAUCAGGACGUGAUCAAUGCAGUGGAGCAGGAUUACCGCCUGCCACCCCCCAUGGACUGCCCCACAGCGCUGCACCAGCUGAUGCUGGACUGCUGGGUGCGGGACCGCAACCUGCGGCCCAAGUUUGCACAGAUCGUCAACACGCUGGACAAGCUCAUCCGCAACGCUGCCAGUCUGAAAGUCAUCGCCAGCGUCCAGUCGGGCAUCUCCCAGCCACUCCUGGACCGCACUGUCCCAGAUUACACCACCUUCACCACUGUGGGAGACUGGCUGGAUGCCAUCAAAAUGGGACGGUACAAGGAGAACUUUGUCAAUGCCGGCUUUGCCUCCUUCGAUCUGGUGGCACAGAUGACUGCAGAAGACCUGCUGAGGAUAGGGGUGACGCUAGCAGGGCACCAGAAGAAGAUCCUGAGCAGCAUUCAGGACAUGAGGCUGCAGAUGAACCAGACGCUCCCAGUGCAGGUUUGA